UGCAGAGUUUCAAAUACACCCCGAGAAGAUCACCAUGUUCUCAGUAUCCAUGAAUUUCAGAAAAUUUUAUUUUCCCCCUAAUGGAUCAUUUUAAUUUAAAUGAAUCAGCAUCCUCACAUACGCGGAUUUUCAUUCACCCAAACAAAGCAGUAUUUGGAAAAAAAAACCAAAACCCUAGAACACCGAUGGGAGUAGAGAAGCAAAUUUUGACCCCCGGAACCGGCCCCAAACCAACUGCCGGACAGAAGGUCACUGUUCAUUGCACUGGCUACGGCAAAAAUGGUGAUCUCUCUCAAAAGUUCUGGAGCACCAAGGAUCCUGGGCAGCAGCCUUUUAGUUUCCAAAUUGGAAAAGGUUCUGUUAUAAAAGGAUGGGAUGAAGGUGUGAUGGGAAUGCAAGUGGGCGAGGUUGCUCGUCUACGGUGUUCUCCAGAUUAUGCUUAUGGUGCUGGUGGAUUUCCAGCCUGGGGAAUUCAACCUAAUUCAGUCCUGGAGUUUGAGAUUGAAGUCUUAAACCUGGAGUGACUACGAGAUAGGAGUCAAAAAAUCGGCUACAGAACCCUCUGGGUAAUUUGAAUAACUUGCUUCAUCGAAAACAUUUCCAGAUGUUAUCUUUAUACUUUUGAUGAAUCUAGAUCGGCUACAGGACCCUCAACUCUUUAUUUAGUAUCAUUUGUGCAACUUUUAACAAUGAAGCUAAAUUUUGUUUCUUUCC